AAAAAAUGGAGAGGCUUGGAAGGAGAACCUAAUUGAGAAGGUCUGCCAAAAUGUCUGAAAGAUCAGAUCUCCUUCACUUCAAGUUUGAAAAUUAUGGAGAUUCAAUGUUACAAAAAAUGAACAAAUUAAGAGAAGAGAAUAAAUUUUGUGAUGUUACAGUUCUCAUAGAUGAUAUUGAGGUACAGGGGCAUAAAAUUGUGUUUGCUGCAGGUUCCCCCUUCCUAAGAGACCAGUUUUUACUGAAUGAUUCCAGAGAGGUGAAAAUCUCCAUAUUGCAGAGUUCCGAAGUGGGGAGACAAUUGCUCUUAUCCUGUUAUAGUGGUGUGCUGGAAUUCCCUGAGAUGGAACUGGUCAAUUACUUGACUGCUGCAAGUUUUCUUCAGAUGAGCCACAUUGUAGAACGGUGCACACAGGCCUUGUGGAAGUUUAUAAAGCCAAAACAACCAAUGGAUAGUAAAGAGGGAUGUGAACCGCAGAGUGCUUCUCCCCAGUCAAAAGAACAGCAGGGAGAUGCCAGAGGCUCCCCAAAGCAGGAUUCACCUUGUAUUCAUCCAUCUGAAGACAGUAUGGAUAUGGAGGACAGUGAUAUUCAGAUUGUUAAGGUAGAAUCUAUUGGGGAUGUAUCCGAGGUUAGAAGUAAAAAAGAUCAGAACCAGUUUAUUUCUUCUGAACCCACUGCUUUACAUUCAUCAGAGCCCCAGCAUUCCCUGAUAAAUUCAACUGUGGAAAACAGAGUAAGUGAAAUAGAACAAAACCAUCUCCACAAUUAUGCCCUCUCUUACGCAGGCAGUGAUAAUAUCAUCAUGGCCUCAAAAGAUGUCUUUGGGCCUAAUAUUCGAGGUGUAGACAAAGGCUUACAGUGGCAUCACCAGUGCCCAAAGUGUACCAGGGUGUUUCGUCACCUGGAGAACUACGCCAACCAUUUAAAAAUGCACAAACUCUUUAUGUGUCUACUCUGCGGCAAGACUUUUACUCAGAAAGGCAACCUUCAUCGACACAUGCGUGUGCAUGCCGGCAUUAAACCUUUCCAGUGUAAGAUCUGUGGGAAAACCUUUUCUCAGAAGUGUUCCUUACAGGAUCAUCUUAACCUUCACAGUGGAGAUAAGCCCCAUAAGUGUAACUAUUGUGACAUGGUUUUUGCACAUAAGCCAGUUUUGAGGAAACAUCUUAAACAGCUGCAUGGCAAAAACAGCUUUGAUAAUGCCAAUGAAAGAAAUGUGCAAGACCUCACAGUGGAUUUUGAUUCUUUUGCAUGUACAACAGUCACAGACUCUAAAGGGUGUCAGCCACAGCCUGAUGCAACACAGGUCCUGGAUGCAGGUAAACUGGCCCAAGCUGUCUUGAACUUAAGAAAUGAUAGUACUUGUGUGAAUUGAGUAGGGGCUUUAUGCUUUCAACUUAGAAUGGACUGAAAACAUGGCAAUAGUCUCGAGUCUUUUUAGGAGUGAUUUUGCUAGUUUGACUUCUCCAAAGCCUCUGUGCGGGUUAUAGGGGUGAGUCAAAGCACUAACAGACCAGGCAACUUACCACUUGGAGUGGUCUUGCCUUCCUUUUGCC